AUGUGGAAAAGUUUGGUGUUUUUUGUGUCCGCUUUAAUAUGGAGUUUUGUGUCAUCACAAGAGUGCACAACUCCAACUGGCAGCCGGAGUAAUUGCGUCUCUCUCUACCAGUGUCAGCCUCUUUUCAAUGCCUUCGAACAGCGUCCACUGCCCACCCACGUGGUCAGCUACCUGAGGAGAUCACAAUGUGGCUUCGAAGGUUAUGUACCCAGGGUGUGCUGCGGUCCUCUGCCAGAAGAGCAGGAAGCUACAUCGGCGAGACCUACGCCUCGACCAAACCAACCUCCGACGCAAGGUAGCAGCGACUUGUUCCCCGAAGAUUCUUCACCAGCUCCAAGAAACCAGUGUGGAAUUGACACGACCGGAGAUAGAGUUUAUGGAGGAACCAUCACAGACCUGGACGAAUUCCCUUGGAUGGCUUUGUUGGGUUAUAGAACAAAUAAGGGAACCACGUCGUACCAAUGUGGUGGUGUUCUGGUCAACCAUCGUUAUGUCCUGACAGCUGCUCACUGCAUCACAGGAGCUAUCGAGCAGGCCGUAGGAACAUUAAUCACAGUUCGUCUCGGCGAAUACGACACUCAACAAGAUGUGGACUGUAUUGACUCGGUCUGUGCUGACCGUCCUCAAGAGAUUCGAGUGGCUUCUGCUUUCCCCCACCCUGGAUACUCCGACAAGAACAAGAAUAGGCAGGAUGACAUCGGUAUCGUGAGGUUGGCUACCAGAGCUACUUAUACAUACUACGUCCAGCCAAUCUGUCUGAUAGAUAACAGAGCACGUUUGGACGUCGGCAGCGAUGUAUACGUCGCUGGAUGGGGUAAAACCCUGAAUGGUCGCAACAGCCCCAUAAAACUGAAGCUUAAUCUCCCAAUAUUCAACAAGCAAGAAUGUGACGAUAAAUACAGAGGACUUGGUGCUAUUCUUAGUGAUAACCAGAUCUGUGCUGGAGGAGUAUUCGCAGAGGACGCGUGCAGAGGAGACUCCGGUGGUCCUCUGAUGAAGAAGACUCCGAAUGGAAUCUGGGAGGUUGUCGGUGUCGUGUCUUUCGGUUAUGGCUGCGGUAGAGACGGCUGGCCAGGAGUCUAUACCUCCGUGGCUAGAUACAUAGACUGGAUCCAAAAUACUAUUGCAUCGUCCAAUGUCUAA